AUGAAUGAACAAGAAAAAUACAUCGAGCAAGUUGGCCUAUUUUACGAACAAUUUGGCCUUCCUAAAAUGGCCGGACGAAUUCUCGGUUACCUCAUCUCCUCUUCCACCAAGAACAACUCUUUCCAGGACUGCAUGGAUGCCUUGAAAGCCAGUAAGGGAUCGAUCAGUGGUAACAUUAAAUUGCUAUUGAGUCAGAACAUGAUUGAAAAGCACAUGGUUAGUGGUAGUCGUCAAUCCUAUUAUCGUAUCGCAUCUGAUAGUCUGAAUCGUUUGAUUGAAGCCAAGGUAGCUUCGAUUUCUCAAUUCAAGGUGUUGUUGGAAGCUGGUUUAUCGCUGAACGAAACAGACGAUUCAGAACAGAAAAAGGAGCUGCAAAAUAUCGUUCGCUAUUACGCCUUUCUGGAACAGGAAAUCCCACUACUCAAACAGAAAUGGGACGAACUAAAUAAUUAG